UCUCCACCACCAUCUCCCUAUCCUCCUCGUCGUCGUCAUCCCCGACGUUGAAGAGCCGCCGCGACCCUCGGGUUUUCAUGUCUACCACGACUACCACCCGGCGCAGCAUGAGCUCACCGUCCAUCGCCCAACCCCUUCGCUCUCCCAUCCCUCCCCGGGUAUCAGCUCGUUCAGACGUCUUCAGGCCAAGACUGCCUCUCGACCCAUUCUCUUCUAUUGACCAUCGAAGACACAAUCCUAUCGUCAUACCCGCCGAGAAACUUUACAGUGCGGCCGCCGCAGAGCCAAGACGCGAUGCUAUUCUCAUCCUCGGAGCGCCUGAAGUGCGGGACUUGGAACCACUCCUCCAAUCAGAGCAAUUCUCAUCCUCUCUCCUCAUCCUCGCGACCCACCAACCGCCGACCAUCCAAAGCAUCCAACAGGACGUCUAUCCCGUAAUCCGCAUCCUCCGCCUACACUCCCCCCUCGCGCUCGAAAACUCUGGAGCAGUCCGCUUCGUUCACAUCCUCGAGUCCGCCGAACGGCUGGCGCGAUUUUGGCGUAGAUGUGGCGACGGCGGCAUACCGAUCCAAGAGCUCCCAGAAUCAGACGGUAUCCUUGAAUAUCCCUCGGCUCUCAAACUUUCCGGCUUCACAUAUAGGUCGAACACGACGCCCAGCGCGAGCAGCAACUCGCUUUCUCAACCGAACCUCCCUUCACGUGUUUCGUCGUCUCUUCGUCUCACUUCUUUCGACUCUUCGAGCGCACGUAACACGACUGCGCCCCGGGCAAGACGGGAAUCGAAACUCACGCCGCUGCAGUCACAGGGGCCUGACCCGACACAACGACCAUUCGAUGCGAUUCUCAAUUUCUUACCACACGAUAUACCCGAAAAGUCGAUGCUCAAACACGCGAUACUCGUCACCACCAUCUCCCGUCCUUUCCUCGUCGCUGCGGUACCCUCUUCCUCAUCUUCCUCUGGUCCUACACCUUCUACACCUACUUCUGCACUUCCGAGCCCUGUGCCUAGCGUACGGUCCACUGCUGGGAAUGGGAGCGUGGAGAAGAGGCGGUCUGUGUUGAGAAGACCGCCGAUUCUUUCGAUGUAUUCGAUGCCACCGACGCCACCCAUGAGCAGCGGCGAUUCGCUGAACAGUUUGCAGCAGGCUCAGGCUGCCGCCCCAGGUCCACGGGACGUCAAAGCCCACCUCGUACAUCUCCUACCCUCGUCCAAAGGCAAGUCCAAAGCGAAUGGCGCACCAACUCCCACCACUACGGGUUCAGGAGCACAGCGAAUCGCACAGAGCAUCGAGUCCUUCCUGUUGUCGUUCUCGUAUCCUGCACCGACUGGCGGAAGCGGUGGUAACAGUGGGUUUUCGAUCGGGAGUGGGUCGGGGAUGGGGAUGGGACAGGGCGGGAUGGGCGCGGGGAGUGGGGGCGAUGGGAUGGAACAUGCGAAGGCGUAUUUGAUGGAGACAUCUGCGUUCCGCGAGGUCAUCGAUUCGCAGAUGGCGGGGCCUAGCGUCGGUGGUUCGGGUCCGAUGCAGGAAGCGAAAUGGACGGUGGCGAAUUUGGUGUUGAGCGGGUGCUUGGAUGUUGACGAGGAGAAGGCGAGGGAACAGCGCAAGGCGGUAGAAGGUGGCGGUGGUGGCGGCACUGCAGGGACAAGCGGGUUUGUGGCGAAGCAGGAGGUGAGGAUGAUGAGCAAGCAGAGAGCUUGGGUGGCCGGCGCGAGCGAGAUCAUCAUCUCUGCGGUACCCUCGAACAUCGUCACUGCGACUGGACUGGGGAUCAACGUCACACCACCCUCAUGUUCCUCCGCCGGCUCAGGUUCGUCAUUCUCGUCACUGUCAGCCGCCGCCUCCGCAUCGCUAGCGACAACCCCGUCAGCUUCCGCACCCGCGUCGUCUCCGUCGCUUCCCUUGAACAAGUCGAAACUUCUGCCGCCUACGCCUACGACGCCCAGCACGCCCUCACACAGACGACACCAUUCAAAGUCGGAUCCUUCGUACUCGCCUUCGUCCAUGGAGACUAUCAGGGCACCGUCGUCCACCCUUCCAUCACCCGGUAAAGAGCCCCUCCCACCCAGACGACACUCCGCCAACGCCGCCGCCGUUGCCGCUGCCACACCGCCCAGUCCCUCACAGACUUCACCCACGAAGGUAGGGUUCGCAGGGAUCGGAUCGGGGUAUGGCUCAAGCUCAACUCCGAACUACCCUCGGACGUCUCGUGCGGUAUCCGUUCCCGUUCCCGCUCCUGCGCCUGUCCAGGUCACGGUCGCUGCUCCUGCGCCGGCUGUGAGACCCUCGACACAUACGAGGUCACAUCCGAGGUCGGCGUCGGGCUCUGGUUCUGGGUCUGUCGUGGAUCCGGAGGUGGGGCAGAUUAAUAGUGGUGUGAAUAGUCGUGGGUGGCCUUCGUCCGCACCUUCGCAUUCGAGUGGGAUGAGGCAUUAUAUGACGGCUGGCCAUAGUGGGUCUUCGACUGUGGUCCCUAUGCCUUCGACCACGACGUUGGUCGAUGUUAGGAGCGAAGAACCGGUGUCGGCGGCGGGUAUAGGAGCCAAGCGGUCUUUGAGACGCGUGGAGGGGUCGAGGAGGAUUGUGGCGGCCCCUCCUACGCCGCCAGAUUCAGACGAGAGCGCGACGGUACACGCGGAUCGUCAUUCACAGGAGAAGGAGAAGGCGUCUAUCAGGUUUGAGGAGGACGUGUAUCGUGUCCCUGGAGCAGGGUCAGAGGAGAUCAGUUCGGAUGGUGGGAAGAGGAGGGUGUUGCACAAGGCGAGAGCGAGAGGCGAGGGUGACGUGAAUGAAGGACAUGUGGGGGAGAAACAGGUGAAGAGGGUGAGUUCAGGUACGAGUUCGCGGUGGAAGUUUUGGAAGAGUGCGGCGAGGUGAUUUUUGGGUGUCCUCGGCUCUGAGGUAGUAACCGUCUGCUGUUUCGUCGACUCAUCCCCGAUCUGUUAUAACGUAUUUUUUUAUUCUUGCGUCCUGCGUUGAACUUUAUAUCAUGACGAUCUCUCCAUAUCUUUCUGUACUGACGCACGAUCUUAUUUUAUCCAUCUCAACUCGUCUUUUCUUUCAUCACGCAUCAUCUCCGCUCUUCCCAAUACUCGCGGUUUCAAGGGCUAUCUCUCACGAUCCACUUUCUUGUAGUAUAAAUUAUCUUGACACUGUUUCAUCCACACUCCUCGCUUUUUAUAGUCACUCUCAUCUGCAUCUGUCUUCACUCUCACCUGUUAGUCACUCCAUUCACUUUGCUCUCUCACUUACAUUCGUUUUCCUCCAUUCGUCUUACUUACUCUAUCUCUCUCUCUAGUGUUGCUUCGUGUCAACGUCUUGGAAACAUCUCGGACGGUCUGGUCUGGUCUGCUCGGGUCGGGUGUUAUUCGCCCUUGUGUUCAAUGGUUCAUGCAAUAGACUGUCACUACCUAAGUUACUUAUUUUUCGGCCCUGUUGUUUGUUCAAGUUGUUC